AAUAUUUCUGUAAAUGAAUAUCAUAAAGUUGUUGUUGACAACUAUAUAGAAUUCAUGAGUCAUCAAAAGAAACAAUCUAUCAUUGUGAUAAAAAAAACCUUUAGUGAAUUGUUAAAAACAAGUUUGUCAGAUGAAACCUUUACAAAAGAAGAAGUUAGCAACGUGAUAAAUAAUUUGGAAAAAGCAGUGACUAAUGAAAUUGAAUGUGAAAUGACCGCUUUUACUAAUACAAAUAUCCUAAUGAUGUAUCAAUUUUUUCAACAAGCCGAAAAAUGGCAUCUGAGACUUAAUGCUGAUAUUUCGGAAAUGCAAAACAAAGAAUUAUUACAAGAGGUAGAAAAAUAUAAAUCUGAUUACAAUUUAACAAGACGUCUCGCAGAGAAAAAGAAACUCGCUCCGAUAAACGACUGUGUUACUAAUGAUUUUGCUGAAAUGUUGCACAAGAGACUGGAGCAGUUGGAAAGUCAUAAUUGUAAAUUACAAAAUGAUUUCAAGUGUUUGGAAGAUAAUUACGACAAAGUAGACAUAGAGCGACAGGCCUUAAAACAACUCGUUCAAGACAAUCAUACAAAUGUGAACACCAAUCUUUGUAAACAGUCGGCAGAAAUUGAAGUACAAACUCUGAGUAUCUCAGAGGAUAACACCACUCAUGAUUACGAAGAAUGCGUAAAAACCAAAGACCUACUGGAAGCCGACUUGAAGUCGACCCAGUCACAAUUAACAUUGGCCAACAUGGAGUUGGAAAGAAAAUUUAACGAUACAGCGGCAUACGUCAACAUGAAAAAAAUAAUACAGAAAAAAAAUGAACAAGUUCGCGAAUUACGAGAUCGACUGCUAGUGUAUGAAAAGGAUGAUGGCGAAGAAAACUUUGUAUAGUUUUUGACUUACUUUACAGUUAACAUAUAACACCAUAGUUAUUUUUAAAUAUAAUUUGAAUUACUCCCUCCCACAUUAAUAUUAUACUUAGUUAAUAUCACGUACG